CACGCUCCGUGUGCAAUAAAACUACCAAUAAGUCACAAGUUGUACAGUUGAGGCCUUCUGUUAAAGCAGCAUCUUAGCGUCGCUCUUAGGUUGCACCGGCUAUUUAGGAAGUGGAGCUAUCCCCAAAAGCAGCAUGUCCGGGCCCGAACUGGGUCUGGCCAUUUGGGCAGCUGUCGAUCUUGGAUUAAAGUGGGGGAAUAAACUUAUUGUGCUGUGCCAUUCGAUUAAAAAUGCCCCCAAGGAACUUACUGAAAGAGUCAUCCGAGUUGAAACCUGUUCGGUGCGUAUCAGCCAGCAGAUGGAACAUACCAGGCACGUAGUUGCCGCCAUGGAGCCAGCACACCAAGAACUACAUCUUCAUACCUUGGAGGUAGUAUCGGGCCGGUUACAGGCUGUUUACCAAGAAUUAUCAGCUUUCUCCCGGCUCUUGAAACCGAUCAGCUCCACAAGCGACGACAAAACAAAGACUUCUCAACGAUCAUUGGCAAUGAACAGAACCCUGUACGCUCUGAAGAAGAAAGGAAUAGAUGAAUCAAUAAGCGAGCUGGAGAAAUGGCAGUCAACAUUUGACAUAUCGUGGCUGCUGAUCCUGAAAACGGCGGAACAGGGCAUGAGUACUACCAACGAGACCGAGGCAACAAUGCAAUCGCCGUCCAAUGUCCCAGGAAAACUAACCGGAAGGCCUCUCUUCAUGGCUGAGACGGGGAGAGCUGUGUUUCUUCGCCCAGAGGGAGUUGAUAUGUCGAGUGCUUGUAAAAUUGCGUAUUGCGAGUCGCAGUUCCUAACAAGAGGUUCAGAAGGUCUCGUUCUCGACUCACUAGUAUGUUCUCAACCCUCGACAGCUAGUCGAUCCUUGGCAACGAAAGAUGUAAAGAGCCUCGCUCAGAAACUUCACGCAUAUGAAGGGCCAGGCUUUGGGCUAUUCAAAUGCAAAGGAGUUCUGAAACAAGGUUCUGGAGAGUUGAACACGAACCAGCUGAAUUUUACGUUCGUCUUCCAGGUCCCAAGGCAUCUCCAGGAACCGCGCAGCAUGCGUGAUUUUCUAUUGAGCCAGGAACGCCCACACUCCCUUUCUGAUAUUAUUCGGAUAGGCCGGGAACUUGCCAAGGCAGUCAGCUAUGUACAUCUUCUCGAUUUCGUGCAUAAAAACAUCCGUCCAGAGUCCAUACUUCUUCCACGACAUACAGAAACAAACGAGUUAGUUGCAUAUUUGGUAGGCUUCCAGAAGUUCAGAAAGGAUGGAGGCAUGACAAGUCGACUUGGAACUUCAGAUUGGGAACAGUCUUUGUACUGCCAUCCGAGGAGAUAUGGCAAGAAGCCAGAAGACGCUUAUAUCAUGCAGCACGAUAUCUACAGUCUUGGGGUCUGUUUGCUGGAAAUUGGCCUCUGGGAAUCCUUCAUUACAUAUACGGAGACGGGCCAGGUAAUCCCGUCGGCAUUGAUAGAGAGCUAUCUGUCCUCCGAUGCGAUCUCAGGAAUCGAGACUCUGAAGAACCGUCUGGUAACGCUAGCACGAACCAAACUGCCCGGACGAACCGGAAGUAAAUACGCCGAAAUUGUAGAGACAUGCUUGACAUGUCUUGAUGAGGGUAAUGCCGACUUUGGAGAUGAAUCUGAGUUCUUGGACACAGAUGGCAUCUUAGUAGGUGUCCGAUAUAUUGAAAAGGUAGUCACUAAGCUAGAUUUAUUAAAUAUAUAGUUUAAAACUUAAAUCUAAUAAUAUGCCC